AUGGCCGAACGCUACAUCCCAGAGCAUCGCCGCACCCAAUACAAGGCUCGAAACCAGUUCCGGCCUGAUGAGCUCCGUCGUCGUCGUGAGGAGCAGCAAGUCGAGAUUCGAAAGCAGAAGAGAGAAGAAAACUUGGCCAAGCGACGUGGUAUCCAGACUCGGGAUGGCGGAAUCGGUGUAGGAGGUGGCAUGGCUGCCGCUGAGAGUGACGAUGAAGCGAGUGCCAUUGAGAGUGAGCUCAAUGUCGAGUUGCCCGAGAUGGUCAAGGGUGUAUUCUCCGACCAGAUUGAAGCUCAAAUCCAAGCGACGACCAAGUUCAGAAAGCUCCUCUCCAAGGAACGUAACCCUCCUAUCGAGCGCGUCAUCGAGACUGGUGUUGUUUCCCGCUUCGUGGAGUUCCUCCGAUCUCCUCACACCCUGGUUCAAUUCGAGGCUGCAUGGGCCUUGACCAACAUCGCUUCUGGAUCUGCGCAACAGACUCAGGUCGUCAUCGAGGCUGGCGCUGUACCGAUCUUCGUCGAGCUUCUGAGCAGCCCCGAACCCGAUGUGCGUGAGCAGGCUGUCUGGGCCCUGGGUAACAUUGCCGGUGACAGUCCUCAAUGCCGCGACUUCGUUCUCAACGCCGGCGCUCUGCGUCCUCUCUUGACUCUGAUCAACGACGGUCGCAAAAUCAGCAUGCUGCGCAACGCCACCUGGACCCUGAGCAACUUCUGCCGUGGCAAGACCCCCCAACCCGACUGGAACACGAUUGCCCCCGCCCUCCCUGUUCUCUCCAAGCUUAUCUACAUGCUUGAUGAUGAGGUUCUCAUCGAUGCUUGCUGGGCUAUUUCGUACCUCUCCGACGGACCCAAUGAGAAAAUUCAGGCUGUCAUCGAAGCCGGUAUUCCUCGUCGCCUCGUAGAGCUCCUGAUGCACGCUUCCACCUCGGUCCAGACGCCCGCCCUCCGUUCUGUCGGCAACAUCGUCACUGGUGAUGAUGUUCAGACGCAGGUUAUCAUCAACUGUGGCGCUCUUCCCGCCCUUCUUUCCCUUCUCAGCUCAACCAAGGAUGGCAUCCGGAAAGAGGCUUGCUGGACUAUCUCCAACAUCACUGCUGGCAACUCCAGCCAGAUCCAGUCCGUUGUUGAUGCUGGUAUCAUUCCUCCUCUUGUCCAUCUUCUUGCCAAUGGCGACUUCAAGACGCGCAAGGAAGCUUGCUGGGCCAUUUCCAACGCCACAUCCGGUGGUCUGCAGAAGCCCGACCAGAUCCGCUACCUCGUCACCCAGGGCUGUAUCAAGCCACUUUGUGACCUGCUGGCGUGCCCCGAUAACAAGAUCAUCCAAGUUGCUCUUGAUGGCCUUGAAAACAUCCUUAAGGUCGGUGAGAUGGAUAAGGAGGCUGGCCAGGGUGACGCUCACGUGAACCGCUAUGCUCUGUUUAUUGAGGAGGCUGGUGGUAUGGAGAAGAUUCACGAUUGCCAGAACAACGCCAACGAGGAGAUCUACAUGAAGGCCUACAACAUCAUCGAGAAGUACUUCUCUGAUGAGGAUGAGGCCGCUGGUGACAUCGAUGAGCUUGCCCCUCAACAAACUCAGACAGGAUUCACCCUUGGCGCUACUCAACAGCAGCCCGGUGGUUUCUCGUUCGGCGGUGCUAACGGCGGCGAUUCUAUGGAUAUGUAA